CCCAUAACCCACCGACUCUCGCCCGCCCGUCCCAUAGACCUCGCCUCUCCCUGCCGAAUUGCAUCCCCAUCGAUGAGAUUGCUGUGGUGAAAGCCCACCCCCCUCUGCCCGGGAUCCAAAAGACGAACGCAGAAAGGACAUCAUACGACGCACCUCACGAACAACAACCUCCUCCGUCCCCGCCCAGCAUUGACGCGAUUGAACUACCCAAUAACACACUCUCACCCACACCCAAUAUGUCCCGUUCCGCCGCAGACGCGACGAGGUUCACGGCCACAGGCCCCUACGCCAACUCCCGGCCCGCAGCCGCCCCCUACAAGCUCCCAGGCUCCAUGGCCAACCAGGGCUCCAAUGCCCAGUCACAGCAGACCGGACCCGACGGGAAACCCGAGACCCCCAAGGAGAAGGUCGAGCGAUUGCGGGCACAGGCCCGGGCAGCUCGUAUGGCACGAUCGUCCUCGGGCAUGGAUCAGAUGAUCGACGUCGGGCGGAGGUUUGCCAAUAAAGCGCAUAAGACGAUGGUGUAUUCUUUGAUUGCUGCGUCGGGUAUCUGCGGCGCCUUGACGGUCUACUCGAUGGUAUCACUCACUCUCUACAACCGGCGCCAGCGGACACUCUGGAUCGAGCGGGAGCUCCAGACGCUCCAAGACGCGAAGACGGCCCACGCCAACGGGGCAGCGACCCCGGAGCAACUGGAACUGUUGCGGAAUGAGCAGAUCGGCGAGAUCUGGGACAAGAAGAAAGAGGAGGCUAAGAAGGAGCGCCCGUUGAACAAACUCAAGGAAUAUCUGUUCGGCGGGUUGAAGACGGACGAAGCCACCACAUCCACCCCGGCCGCGCGCGACAAGCCGGAGGUUCUGAAGGCCCUUGACGCGAAGGCCGCGCAAGAAGCCAAACUGAGUGUACCUAACGGUGCAGCACCCUCGGGACCACUGGACGCACUGGCACAGAACGCAGAGGACGCCACGAAGCAAACGGCACAAAGCUGGAAGAGCUGGCUGACCGGGCGGUAAGCGAAGAGUGCCCCAAAGAGAAUAAAAACAAAAACGAGGAAUAUAAAAAGAGGAAACAAGCCCAGCAGGGAAGACCUUUUCUUUUUCCCUUCCUCUCCCCCGCUGUGAUGGCGACGACGUCGACUUACUUCUUGUUGUGCAUGGCAUUUGGAUUGAUUUCGACCCCUUCCUCUAGUCCAAUCCGGCGGUUGAUCUGGGAAGGGGUUGCGGCGUCUUGUUCGGUGUGUUGUUUUCUUGAUUGAAAAAAAAACCUAUGUAAUACUGGGUCUGUGCUAUACUGUGUACAUAUACUACUUUUUGUUGUCGCAAAAUAGAGCAUCGGUGUGGAUUUAUCUAUCUA